ACUCAAUUAAUAUACUACCGUUUUUAGGGUUUUCAUUCAAAUCUUUGUAAGAAAUGGCACCAAAACCAUCAAAAGCAGACAAGAAGAUCGUUUACGAUAAGAAGCUUUGCCAAUUACUUGAUGAUUACACUCAGAUAUUAGUUACUGCUGCUGAUAAUGUUGGAUCUAAACAGUUGCAAGGUAUUCGUAAAGGACUUCGUGGUGAUUCUGUUGUUUUAAUGGGAAAGAAUACUAUGAUGAAACGUUCUGUAAGACUUCAUGCUGAAAAGACUGGAAAUCAGGCUUUCCUUAAUCUCAUUCCUCUCCUUGUUGGUAAUGUUGGAUUAAUCUUUACCAAGGGAGACUUGAAAGAAGUUAGUGAGGAAGUGGCUAAGUACAAGGUUGGAGCUCCUGCUCGUGUUGGGCUUGUUGCCCCUAUUGAUGUGGUUGUUCCACCUGGCAACACUGGUUUGGAUCCAUCCCAGACUUCUUUCUUUCAGGUUCUUAACAUCCCAACCAAGAUUAACAAGGGUACAGUUGAAAUCAUUACUCCUGUUGAACUUAUUAAGAAGGGGGAAAAGGUCGGAUCUUCUGAGGCUGCUUUGCUUGCAAAGUUGGGUAUCAGGCCAUUUUCAUAUGGUCUCGUUGUUUUAACUGUCUACGACAACGGUUCAGUCUUCAGUCCUGAGGUGCUUGAUCUUACUAACGAGGACCUGAUGGGGAAGUUUGCUGCUGGUGUUUCCAUGGUUACUUCCUUAUCCCUGGCUAUUGCAUACCCCACUCUUGCCGCUGCUCCUCACAUUUUCAUCAAUGCAUACAAGAAUCUGUUGGCUGUUGCUCUUGCCACAGAGUACUCGUUCCCCCAGGCUGAGCAAGUGAAGGAAUAUUUGAAGGAUCCCAGCAAAUUUGCCACUGCCGCUCCAGUUGCUGCUUCUGGUUCUGCUGCAGCUCCAGCUGCUGCUGCUGCCAAGGUGGAAGAGAAGAAGGAUGAACCUGCUGAAGAGUCUGAUGAUGACAUGGGUUUCAGCUUGUUUGAUUAGAUAUCUUUCCCUGUUAAUUAUGCUGAGCAAGUAUAUGUCUGCUGUGUUCAUGUUUGAAUGUUUCCAUUUUAGGAUAUUUAAGUGAUUUUGUUGUGAUGUCCUACUACAG